GAUUGCCGUGUUUCAUUGAUAUGGUCGGUAUUGAUAAACUACUAUUCAGGCACUUACUGGUGUAGAAUCGCUGUCACAUAUUUCACGAUUAUUUAGGCGUCUAACAAAGAAGCAUUGAGGGGCUAGGGCUGAAACCAUCUGGCUACAAAGAGCCGGAGGUCGGGCACCAUAUCUCCUUCAGCAUAAAAGAGGGCAUAUCUCGUCCUACUAGUAAGUCAAAUAUAUUUUCUAAACAUAUCGUAUCAUACACUCAUUCGGACCACUCUUCAGAUUGCCUGUCAUCAUGCCUCUCACCCUUUCAGAAGCAGAGGAAAGCGAUGUAGGCGACAUCGCGGAUAUCCACCUAGCUUCGUUCGGCGAAAACAUGAUGCUCCGGGCGCAAUUCCCAACACCCUGCCUGCGUGCCGGAUUGCGAAUCUCACUGAUGGAUAAAGCUCGCGAGGAAAUUCGCGAUCCUCAAUGGGCGGUUCUGGUCAUUCGCGACGAAAACGAGAUCAUUAGCUUUGCGAAAUGGAAGCGACCUGUUUUAGAUGCCUCGUACGUUGAGGUACCCUGGCGAUGGCCCGAAGGCACCAGGAUGGACAUUCUGAAUGAAUGGACGAAGAAGGUGGAUGAUGCGUGCAGCAGGGCUAUAGGGGAUACGCCUUGCUACUGUUUGAGUUUUAUAGGAACCCAUCCGAAGCAUGGAGGGCGCGGGGCGGCCUCGAUGCUCAUACGGUGGGGCCUGGAGCGCAGUGCGAGUGAGAAUGUUCCGAUACAGCUUGAGAGCACUAUUGUUGCUUGGCCGUUGUACGAAAAGCUCGGAUUUGAGGAAAAGGAACGUAUUCAGAUGCAAUUGGAAGGGGUUGGGGAGAGUGGGAUAUCAGUGCUCUACGAGGAAUUGUCUCUCGUGCGACGGCCAGUGCCGUCUGCUGUCGUGAGCCGAGCGACGAAGAUUCCCAAGACAGAUUGAAACAUAUACAAUGCUACAUAUACACGCGAUGGUGAAUUGUUUUAGAUAGAUCUAGAUAUUUCUCAAAAAAAUAAAAUAAAAUAAAAUAAAAUAAAAAAUAAAAAGGGUCGCGCACUGCUAUAGAUUCUAAAUUCAAU